AUGAAAUUGGUUAAAUUAUGGAUGUUCGGAAUGAUUGAAAUACUCAUUGCUGUUUUACUGCUUGGAAUUUUCCAUCUGCCUGCGAAUGGGAACUUGCAGGAGUACGGUUAUAAGCAAGAUCACGAUUCGGCUGAACGGUACGAUGCAGAUGGUGACUUAUCAGUGCCAAUCGAUGCUCAAGGACGACCGUAUCAAUUUAAUUCAAGCAAGAUUGAAUCAGAAGCUGAUCGAAAAAGAAAAAAUGCACCGGCGAGAUAUGAAGAUGAGCGGAGCGUUUGUUACUGCAAUUAUGCUCCGGAAUUCUGUGGUGGAUUUACGAAUUUUACAUGCGUCAAACAUCUAGAAGCUUCCUGCUUCCAUUUCACUGAAGAAAUCUACGACAAGACAUUGCAGCAAAUGGAAACAAUGCAUUUAUUCGGUUGUGCCCCAUUAACUCGUGGCUCGGGCGGUUCCUAUUUUACAUGUAAAGCUCAUUUAGUUGCACAUGCUCGACCAAAAAGUAUUGCAUGCUGUCAGGAAGGGAAUUACUGUAAUCGUAAUUUAUCUGUCCCAGCUUAUGCAAAUGUUUCACCUGAAGGAAUGAUUGUUGAUAGUUACACAUCUUAUAUGACAGUUACGAUUAUCGUAUAUGCUGUACUUUUUUCAAUAUUCGUUGGAAUUGGCUUACUUCUGUUUUGGCGACGGGAUUUUAUAGAUUUUACAGCUAAAAAACUAAAACCAUCACUCCAAAAGUCAACACUUCAAAUAAUUGAUACGGGGGAAAUCGAAAAAGCUCCCAUGCUAUAUGAUGUCAGUAGCGGUUCAGGCUCAGGUUUCGCAAGCUUAAAUCAACGCACGGUUGCCCAGGAUCUUGAGUUCUUAUCUGUAGUAGGUAAAGGACGCUAUGGCGAAGUUAAGAAAGCACGUUAUCGUGGUGAUCGUAUUGUUGCUGUUAAGACAUUUUAUACCACAGAAGAAGACUCGUGGAAAAAUGAAAAAGAGAUUUAUCAAACGCAGAUGUUAAAUCAUGAGAACAUAUUACAAUUUGUUGCUGCUGAUAUUGGAAGCGAAGAUUCAAUCACUCGAAUGCUCCUGAUUACGGAUUUUCAUGCUUACGGUUCUCUUUUUGAAUAUUUGCAACGUGGAGAAACUCUCUCUGUAAGCGAAGCCCUACAUUUGGCUUAUAGUGCAGUUUGUGGUUUGGAGCAUUUGCAUAGUGCUUUACAUGGAACAGGCACACCACAGAAACCGGCUAUUGCACAUCGUGAUGUGAAAUCAAAAAAUAUCAUCGUUAAAAGACCUUAUGUUUGUUGCAUAGCUGAUUUUGGAUUAGCAUUAACUGAAGAUAUGGUGAAAACUAGAACGGACAUAAAUAUACAAGUGGGUACCAAACGAUAUAUGGCGCCAGAAGUGCUUGACAAAUCUUUAAAUGUUAAAAAUUUUCAUCAUUUUAAAAUGGCUGAUAUUUAUUCAUUUGCACUGGUUAUUUGGGAAAUUUUACGACGGAUUCAGGAGGAUAACUGCCUUUCAAGAGCUUCGGAAAGUGACAGUGGUAUUGGAAGCAGUGGUAGUGGAAGUGGCACGGCGAAACUUAUGCCUGGGUUUAUUGUCAAUCCUGAUGCAUCAGGAUAUAUUACCAAUGUUUCAAGCAGUGUAGUGGAUCAUCAAAGUAUUUCCGAGAAUUCGAUGUCAUUGAAAGCGCGGCCUCCGAUGCAACCAUUUGAUGGUAUGGUCGAUCCGGAUCCAUCAUUUGAACAAAUGCGUAGACUUGUUUGUUUAGAGGGCAAAAGGCCGUUAUUGGAGGAUGCUUGGAUUAGAGAUCCAUGCCUGAAAGAAAUCUGUGAACUGAUAGGCGAAUGUUGGAGUGCAAGCAUUGACUGUCGACAUACCGCGCUACGUGUCAAAAGGAAGAUCAAAGAUACGAUUUUGAAGCAUAAUGGUUUGGGUGGUAUACAUACUUCUGGAUCUAGCAAACAUGACUGUUCAGCGAAGGCCUUGUCUGUCUAG